AUGCCCUUCUUAACUGUAGAACAAGAACAAGAUACACCACCUAUCUAUCAUCACUGCCGAUUACCAGUGACCAGAAUCCUACCCACCAAGAGACAAUACCAUUCUCCUACAGGACAAGUCUGCCUGCAAGUGAAUGAAUCUCCUCAACGAGCCUACAACUUCAGAUUUAGAGAACUAUUAGAAAACAUCCUGCAGCCUAAAACUCAAAAGUUGUCAGCCACUGAACAUGCUAGAUUAGCAGAGUUAUUAGUAGCAAAGGACAAAGAAUUAAAAGUAGCAUUUGGAAUAGCUGCUGUUCAAGCAGAAAUUCAAGAAAAAAUGAAUGCAUUGCAAUUAGAAGUUGAAAAACAAGAUCAAGAUAUACAACAACUUCAAAAACAUUUAAAAGAAGCUGAAUAUAUGUUGGUAGUUGCACUUUAUCAAGCUAGACAAAAGAUUGAAGCCAUUGAAAAAGCAAAGGAAAGAAGCGUAUCAUCAGAGGAAUUAAUUAAAUAUGCUCAUCGGAUUAGUGCAUCUAAUGCUGUUGCAGCUCCACAUAAUUGGCAACAGGGUGAUCCCAGAAGACCCUACCCAACAGAUAUAGAAAUGAGAUUAGGAUAUCUUGGAAGAUUAAGUGAUUUGCCUACCACUAUAAGUGGUAGUAUGUUACAACAAACCAAUUUAGGUGAUAUGUCCACAUCAAGAGGUCCACAUGGAGAACAGACAUCAUCAACUCAGGCAGGAACUUUUGCCUGGCAGCCUCCCAAUGAUAUUAAAGCAAAUAUAGGAGCAGCUUCAAAUCAUAAUUCUGUUACCAUGGAUACAAAAGGACACAACAAAGAAAAUGAAGAUGUAGAAGUUAUGUCAACAGAUUCGUCUAGCAGUUCUUCAAGUGAUAGUCAGUAAUUUAACUGUUUUUAUUUUAUUGUAUUCAAGAAAAGUAUUUGUGUAUUCAAAUACAAAUUUUGAAAAUAAACAAAUUUCAAAUUUUUUUUUAUCUUAUACAAAUUUUAAAUACAGGAAUAUUGCUAACAUUGCCAUUUUUAAUAAUAUUUCCAUCAAGUUAGUAUCCAUAUAAAUUAUUUAAUGCUGGAUAAGGUAUUUAAUAAAUAACUAUAACAUACUGUAAGUUUUGCUUAGAGAGAUAUUUAUCCCCCAUGUAUUAAAAAAGUGACAUCAGUUAUUUACAUAUUUUAUUCUACAGAGGUUAAGUUAUAUAGGAAACUGAUAUUUCAAAAGUUUGCGAUAUCUGCUAAUAAUAGUUUUAUAUGAAUAAAUUAUCUGAUGCUUUUAGGAUGCUUUUUCAAUAAAUAUGCUAGGAAAAUAAUGAUUGUUCCAUUUUUAAGGAUGACAUACCUUGUAAAAAGUUGUAUAAAUCAUUCCAGAUUUUAUUUUUCACUUUAUUUUAUAAUUUAUAAUACCAUAAUAAAGGUAUGAAUAGAUAAAUUAGAAAACAUAAAAAUAGAUGGAGGAAAUGAUGAAAUCAUGUAGUAUUAGUAGUCAAUAAAUAUUAUUUUUUAUAAAAAUACUUUAUGUAUUUAGAAUAACAAAUUUUCUAGUAGGGUUAUCAGUAUUAAUUAGUCAAACUAUUCUCAUUUUUUGUUGAUCAUGUUAUGAAGUUGACAUCCUCUUGCUUAUAUGAUUUUCUCAGUGCACUUUAAAUGCUCUUUCAUGGACUAAAAUCUCUGAAAUGAAAUGAUCAAUCAAGAAUUUCAACAAAAUUAGAUAAAAACCAUUCAUAUAUUGUUGCAAAUGUUUCGACAAGUAUUGUCUUGCUGAAAUCACUAAAAUUGCCAACUUAUUUUCUUGGGAAAAGGGCAGUAGUUUUAAGUAUCUUUUGUUAAAUAAGGAUGUCAUCCUGUCAGUUAUAACAGAAAAAUGUCUAAUCAAAUCAUCAGAAUCUUUUGUUGAUUGUGAUUAAUUCACUUUUUACCAUUUGGAAAACAUUUGAGUUAUUUCAAAUGAAUACAUUGAAUUCAAACUCAUAUUUACUUUUGUACAAUCCAUUGUUUGAAAUAAAAGUUCUUUUGAACAACUCACAUGGUUAUACAAUAUAAUAAUCAAUUGAAUCCUAAACCUCUCAACUUACACUAUUGUAAUUUCAUCCCUACUCAUUUUCUAUGGAAGAGUCUAUAAACAUAUAUAGUAUUUAUGAAAAAUCCCUCCAUCUUUGAAAUACUAAGCAAAAACAAAUAUUACUUGGACUUUAACUAAAAAAAAGUAGUGUAUAAAAUCUCUAUCAGAGGCAAAAGUAAUGACAAAGAAAUAGAAUAUAUAGGAGUUACACAAAGAAACAUUGGUCAGAAAAUAUCAAGAAGCAUAUAGGUGACAUCAGAGCAGGUUUGUUUGGUUAUGGGUGUACUAUUUGUACAUCCAUAGUAUUGCAUAACCAAACAAAUCGUGAUAGUAACAUAGAAUUAUAUGUAACAAAAUCCAAAUCUUAGAAUCUCUGAGACAAAAUAACAAUCAUCUAAUAGCAGAAUCAGUUUUGAUGUUUGGAAAGGGUCAGUACAAUCAUGUUAUUAACUACAGAAUCAGAUUGUCUUUAGCAGAAAUGGCUAAUUUGUAAAAAAAAGAAAAACCUCUUCUGAUUUCUUCUGGAAAUGUGAAUUAUUUAUACACUUUUCAGGGUUAAAAAUUAAUAUUUUAAAAAAUUAUAUGCCAUUUUUAUUUAGUUUUUUCUUAUUUAUAUUAUGCAUUAAUUUUGAGAUUUUGUAAUCUCAAGUAAUGAUGAUCAAUUUCUUGGCAACCAUAUCUAGUGGAAACCUUCUUCCUGAUGAUGAUGCAAUACAUGAAAGCACUCAAAGUAGGACUUAAUUUAUUUUUUGUUUACUUUUUUCACUUGCAUUAAUUUCUAUAAAGUGUUUUCAUUGAAAUUUUUUCUUCAGUUCUCUCUUUUGUUAAAAGAAUGUAGUUUAAACCAAGUAGUUUCCAAUCUGAUUACUAGUGAAUCCAUUUGAUCAGUUGAUAAAUUUAUUUAUUAUUAUUCUUAAAAUAUAUGAUAAUAAUUGAUACAGCUGUAAAAAAAAAAACUUUAGUAAAGUAAAACACACACUGUUGAAUUUUCAUUAAUAUAUAAAAAAAUUAUAUUAAUUCUUAUUUGAUUUUUAUGUUUUAGUGUUUAUAAUUUAUUCUUAUUUUAUAUCAAUGUAAGGAGGAGUCAGCAAAUUAAUUUGGAAAGGAGACUAAAAAUAAGGUCAUGAGUUUAAACUAUUAUGAACCAAACAACAGCAUCUUUUACAUUUAUCUAAAAUGUAAAUGAUGCACUAUUAUUCCAAAAUUCACACAGUUAACAGUUUUUCUAUAUUUCUUCAUCAUGCAUUAUGUAAAAUGCAAGAUCUAGGUUAGUCUUUAUCAAAGAAACUAUGAAAAAGAUCAUUGCAAUAUAAAUUAUAAGAAUUUAAGUUAUUAGUCAGCUUUUGUAAUCAAAAAUAAAUCUUGAAUUUUAUACUUUUACUUAAUUUAAUCAUUUAUUCUUUUUUCUCAAAAUUUUUAUCAUCUAAUUUAUUUAUGCAUGAAUAAUUGAAAAAUUCAAGCCUAUCAUUAUGCAUAUUUUUCACACUGUUCAAAUUAUUUAUUCAUUAACUACUAUUGAAGGUGCUUAAAAUUAAAAUCAACAAAAUUUCCUGAAUUUUACUAAUUUUAUUAUCUUAUUUCUACUCUAACAUCUAAAAAUUUGUUUGGUAUUAUAUGAUUAAGUCUACAUAGUGUCUGUGUCUGUCUUCAUAUUAAAUACUAGUUUACAUUAUUUUGUUCCUAAUAAUAUAAUUAAUUAAUAAAAUAAAAAUGCACAAUUUCUUUAAAGUAAACAAAUAUCCUGCAUAUAUCAUUGCAACACAAAUACGUUCAUAUGUAAUAGAUCCUAUUACAUAUGAAAGUAAAUUAAAUGCUAACAAUAAACAUAGAAUUCUAUUUUAGUAAGAUAAUCAUAUGAUACAAGAGCAUAUAUCAUUACAACAAGAUACUAAAACGAAGACUUCUAAGUGUUUAAGUAAUUCAAAAUUACAGACUAAAUUAGAAAUACAUUCAACAGGUAACUGAAGGUUACAGAAUAUAUGAUUAUAUAGCUCACACUGUCAUAUGCCUCAUAUACUCAGCAAAUCCAAAGUUUUUGGUAAAGAAACAUAUUUUCAUAGGUAAACAGAAACCACUUACCUUACCUAAAAGAAACUAAAUUUCUGAGACAAUACAUUCUAAAUGAAUGUAUUCUCUCAGAAAUGUAGUUUUUUUAGUGAAAUUUUGGUCAAAAUAUUUAAACUAUAAAAUAUUAUUGUUUAAUUUGUAAUAAGUUUAUAAUCAAUGUCCUGGUUUUCAAACAUUUGUAACAUAUAUAUGCUGAUGUUGGCCUGAGAUAAAUGUUUUCAGUCUAUUGUUUAUUAAUAAAUUGUAGCUUCCAGUAAAAGCAAUUUCAUUUCUCAACAGUUUACAAUAUGGGACCUAUUUAGUUCUGUUUAUAGUAAGUAUAGUUCUUGGGUCAUAUUAUUACACUUAAUUAAAAUUUUAUGAUUUAAAAGUAUGGGCUAUUAACCAGAUGAAAAAGCCUACAGUUGUGAAAUUCUUACAAAGAUUCUCAGGAUGAUGAACUAAUUGGCCAGAUUUGUAUCUAAACAUUCAAAGUUAAUAUCAUUGCUUUUACCAUCUUGUUUAAGGAUGUUGAAUGAUACUGAUCUAAUAAUGAACAUAAAGAAGUGCAGAAGAUUAAAGCAUUCUGAAAGUCAGCACCUAUAUGAUAUAAAUGCUCUGGUAAUAGUCAGUUGAUGCCAGUUUAACAGUUGCAUCCGGAUGCUAAAAGUGUACCAUGAAAGCCCAGAUGAGGGGGGUUAGUAAGUAACUCCAACUCUAAAUAAAAUGUAUGCAUUGUGGAUGAGUAGGGUUGAAGUUGACACCAAGCUGAUAUAUUUUUUAUUGAUAUGUUUGUUUCUAUAACUUUGGAUUUUUAAAAUAACUCAACUUUUAGAACUCAAAACAGUUUUUAUUGUUAAAAAUAAUUAUUAUAAAUUUAAAUGAAUUGCACUCAGUACAUGUUCUAACAAUACAGCAUUCCUCUUUCGACAUAUGUCCAGGGCAAAUGUAUUUCACUCACUUUGUACAAGAUUUCAUAUAUUUUCUGUCUUUUGAUCUUGGACAUAGAAAGCAUCUCCCUUUUUUAGGAAUACUUUUAGAAGCAUUCCUUGUUGCUCUUCCUUUUGGUUCUGUUUGAACUGUCCCUCUUGAAAUUGCUUCCACUUGAUUGCAUUCAAAGCCAAAUACUUUUAGUUCUGAUACUGAACUGCUAUGUAAACCUUUGGAAUAUUCAGUUCUGUAUUUCAUGCUGAUCUGCCAUAAUAAUUCACCUAGACUCUUCAAAAAACUUUUUGACCUGAUUCACAUUUUAGGCAUUUUAGGCAAACAAAACUUGGCCCAAGUUUUGUUUGCCUCACAAUAAAGCACAUAUGAAUUAUAAGUGACUACAUCGAUCAAAUUAAAAAAAACAGCUAUUGGCCAUCUUCUUGUCCCAUGCCAACAGCUAUAUAUUCUAAUACAUUAGUCAAGUGUAUCAACACCUGCUUUGGUUGAAUUAUAAUAAUGAAUAAUCUCCAGCUUCUCACUUAAUAAAUACACUUUAUAGUUACUACUAUAGUCAGGAUUACAAUUCCUCAAAUUAAAAUAAUAUAAUAUUCACAUGGGAGCAACAAUCCAUUGCAAAGCAUCAGAUUUUUUUUUAUAGGAACCAUUAUACAAUAAUUACUGAAUUUUUGUCAAAUAUACCUCAAAGUAUUCACAAACCAUAGGAGAUAAAAGUAAAAAAAACUUCAAAUUCCAAAAUUAAUAUUUGUCUAUAAUAUAAACAAAAAUAUGAGCUGUGGUAACAAGGUGACCCUCCUCAUCUGCAUGCAACUGUUAAUAACUAUAGGGUCACUUUUACUGCAGAAUAGGAAUCUGCUAUAUAUGUAAUACAAACUCUCACUGCAAUACAGAAAAUUAUUCACAGAAAGCAUUUACUUUUUUUUCUAUUAAUUAUGGUCAUAAUUCAUAAAUAUAUUUACAGCAAAGAUAUAACUGUACUUAUUGAUUAUAAGCUGUUAGAAGUUAUAAGCAAGAAAUCAUUACUGACAGUUCUGACCAUGACAAAAGCCUUGCUUGAUAUCUAGCCAUAAGCUGCAGACAGAAAUUUCCCUAUACCAGAUGUACUCAGUUCUGACUGUGAACAGCUUAUCAUUUAUUCCUUUCAAGCAAUGAACUUUAGCAGAUUAUCAUUCAUUCCUUUCAAGACAAUCAUCCAGUGUUUAUGUCAGAUAACCUUAGACAAACUGAAGAAUGCCAUAGUAAAUGAAGAAUUACAAUUGCUUAUAUAACAGGUAUGAUCAUGUCACUAAUCUUUGUUGAAUGAUGGAAACAGAAAGGGAAUACCAAAAAGAUCUAUACAUUUGCUUCAUUGAUUGCUCAAAGGCUUUCGAUUGUAUUGAUCAUGACAAGUUGUGGAAGUGCCUCAAGGAAAUGGGAAUCUCACUGCAUCUCACGAUCAUUAUAUACUGGACAAGAAGCCACUGUAAAAAUGCCAUAUGGUGAUACAGACUGGUUCAAGAUCAGAAGGAGUACCCUCUAGGGCUGUAUCCUUUUACCAUCACUAUUCAAUCUGUACUGCACAUAGAGGUGGCAAUGAGGAAAGCAGAUUUGAAUGAGUCUAACAUUGGGGUAAAAAUUGGAGGCAGGAACAUCAAUAAUCUCCGAUAUGUCGGUGAUACCACGCUGCUCGCGGAAAGUCAGGAUGAUCUAGAGCAGUGGUCGGCAACCUUUCUCACCUCGUGGACCAUUAAAGUCACAGCUUUGAAUCCUGCAGACCAUUAUCAUGAAUAUUUUUUAAAUGAUACAAAAUCUGUAGAAUAAUGAUAAUAAAAGUUCAAUUUUACUACAUUAAUAUGAAACUCACAUGUUUAAUUAUAACAAAUUAAUGCAAGCCUAAAGUUCAUUGCUGCUUGUUUGAAAAAAGUUUAUGGAUUCUUUGCACUUUUCCACGAAGGAUGACAAUUGCACUCACAAUAUUGUUUAUUGUUCAUUAUUUAUUGAUAACAGUCACUUUGUUUUUGGUUUUAGAUUCGAAUAAAAACCCCAAUAAGUGAAAAAAGCAACUAACCAUUUUGCAUUUCUUUCGUAAUACCUCACAUAAUCUUCGGUUGAUCAAUGUUCAAAUUUCUCCAUGGACCACCCAAAUUUUCUCACGGACCACCGGUUGGCAACCAUUGAUCUAGAGCUGCUGCUUUUGGAGUUAAGCACGAAAGUGCAAAGGUAGGGCUGCUUUUUAAUUUCAAGAAGACCAAAAUAAUGACUACUGCACAGAAUAUGGAAGUCAAAAUAGCAAUCAAUGGUGAAGAAAUCAAGGUAGUGGAAGAUUUCAUAUUCCUUGGGUCCAAAAUCAACUGUAAUGGUAAUUGCAGUCCUGAAAUCAGAAGACACACAGCCCUUGGAUAAACCUCAAUGAUCAGCAUGAACAGCUUUUGGAAGAGCAAAGACAUCUGCCUCCAAAUUAAAUGCAGAUUAGUUAGUGCAAUUGCUUUUCCUAUGGUCAUAUAUGGCUGUGAAACAUGGACUAUAAAGAAAGCAGACAGAAAGAAGAUAGAUAUUUUUGAACUGUAGUGUUGGAGACAGCUUUUGCACAUUCCAUGGACAGGACAGAUCACCAACAAAACUGUCUUAGACAGAGCUCACCCGAAAAUCUCACUGGAAUCCCAGAUAACCAAACAGAAAUUGUCCUUUUUUGGUCAUAUAAUGAGAACCAGCUUCCUUGAGAAGGCAGUCAUGCUGGGGAUGGUUAGCGGGAAAAGAGCGCAAGGCCAACCAAGGACUCAAUGGCUUGACACAACCAAAAGUGACACUGAAUUAUCUAUAACAGAAUUGAAGGAGGCUGUGCAGGAUAGAGAGGCAUGGAUGGCUUUAAUCUAUACAGUGAGUGACCAAGAGUUGGACAUUUCUAAACGGAUAGGAUAGGAUAUAACAGUUACAAGAUUGAGUUUCAGAUGCAGAAAUAUUGAAAAAGUUCUUGACUUGUAAAGACAAAAUUGUCAUAUUGUGGCAGCAUUGAUGUAAAGAAUGACCAACCAGUCAUGACUGUCUCAUAUAAUAAUUGCAAUGAAUACAUCAAGGUUUUGUCUGGGAAUAGAAAGCAAUCUGAAUUACAUUAGAGAAGCAGUCUUCUGGCCAAAUAUAACAGAAGACAUUAUUGGUUACAUUGAGCAAUAUUGUACAAUGAGAAAUUCAUCAGCAUGAUGUCAAUAAUUUAAUUUAAUUGGCUCUCUAAGUCCCAGAUUGACUGUGGUAAAUUGAAACAAGGAAUCUGUUCAAACUGUAAGGUUGUCUACUUUUUUUUAAUUGUAAAUACUGUUCAGGUUUGUUUGCUUUCCUAGUCCUGACAGAUACUACUGAUAGCCUAUAAUGAUAAUUUACUACAAUGGUUCUCAACUGGGGGUAGAGCAUAAAUUGAAGGGGUACAUCUAACUUUCAUUAUAAAAUGGCAUAUGUUAAUCAAUUUGCUGUAAAUUAUUAACACAAGAAACAAGAAACGACAAAAACUUGCUUUAAAAUAUCCCAGUGUGAACACUGAUUUCCCUUUUAACAGUCUAUUUAUCCGCUUGAUUUGCCUGUCUAUUUGUGCCGUUAGUGCAGAGUGAACCUGUACUCUAGUAAAAUUAUGGUUUAACCGAGCAUUAAUUUUAGAAUAAAAAAAAAUUUCAUUUUUUUAUUCUAUAAUUAUUGCUUGAUAAGAUUGGGGCUUUUCAUGUUUUUACUGGACUACUGGUAUUAGGAAUAACGAGGCUUAGAUUGUACCCCGCCAUGCAAUGCGUGUCACUGCAUGCACGCAUUACUUGAUAUUUAGCAAAUUUAGACAUUAUGUUUUAUACAAAAAUUGAGAUUCAUGCAUUGUUCUGCACGUUAUAAAUUCUCAGCCAUUACUUUCAAAGUCACUACACAAUUAUAAUCUCUAUUUAACAACGUGGGAACCAAAUUUUGAAAAAAUUGCUGAAGAUUUCUUAUCACAACAAAUAUUCCAUUAAAUUUUGUUAGAAAUUAUUGUAGAAUAAUUUAA